AUGCCAAUCGGCGCAGCUCCUUCAUCGCUGGCGGGGGCUGCGGCUACGGGCUUGAUUUUUGCUUCCAAUUCGGCAGUUCCGGUUGGUGGGCCAUCAUGGAACGUAAACCUUGGAAGAAGGGAUUCUACAACAGCUAGUCGUUCUGUAGCUAACAUCGUUCUUCCAAGUCCUUUUUCCGAUCUCAACACACAGUUAUUUCCGCAUUUGCGAACAAGGGACUUAGUACUAGAGACAUGGAUCCCACAUAAUAGGCCAAUCCCAAUGUUUUUCUUCCGAGAUAGAAUAUACAGCAAUAGAACAGACAUUGAUGCUGGAUUCGCUAGCACUCGUAGGCGUCAAUGCCCUACAAAUAGUGGAGACAGUAAUUUGGCAGCACUUGAUUUGAUGAUACCCAAUUCAUUUGAUAAUAACUACUUUAAGAAUCUGAUGUAG